UGUUAUGAAAAUCCCCGAUGGCAUGAAUGAGCUAUAUAUCCAACUUCUUCAGCCUAUAAUAAAGGUCCUUUAAAUAGUCCCACAUAGCCCCUCGUAAUCAAAUAACAAAUAUUGAGAGCUCUUGAGGGGAAUGAAUGAGUGAGACAAUGUCUUCUUUCCAAUGUAUAGUUGCAACCCUUUUCUUUGCCCUUUUGCUUCCACCAGGAUCCUUGGCCUUCGAAUUGAGUCCAUCAUUUUAUGAUGAAACAUGCCCUGAGGUAUUUAGCAUCAUUCGGGGAAUCAUCGAAGAUGCUUUGCUGUCUGAUCCUCGGAUUGGUGCCAGCCUUCUUAGGCUUCACUUCCAUGACUGCUUUGUUAACGGUUGUGAUGCAUCGAUUUUACUGGACAACAGCGCAACAAUAGAAAGCGAGAAAGAAGCUACUCCGAAUAAUAACUCAGCAAGGGGAUUUGAGGUUGUCGAUGCCAUGAAGAUUGCAGUUGAAUAUGAGUGUCCAGGCAUUGUUUCCUGCGCUGAUAUUCUGGCUAUUGCAGCUCAAGAGUCUGUCAAUCAGGCAGGAGGUCCUUCAUGGCUAGUUCUACUUGGAAGAAGGGAUAGCAAAACAGCAAAUCGAACACUCGCAGAUAUAGCUAUUCCAGCUCCCACUGGAACUCUUGAUGUCCUCAAAUCCAAGUUUGCAGCCGUGGGGCUGAACACUACAAGUGAUCUGGUUGCACUUUCAGGUGCUCACACUUUUGGACGGGCUCAAUGUAAAACUUUCAUAGACCGACUAUAUAAUUUCAAUGGCACGGGAAAUCCAGACCAUACAUUGAACGCAACAUACUUAGAGACGCUACGAAAAGUAUGCCCUCAAGGCGGACAUGGUAGUGUUUUGGUGAAUUUGGAUCCUACAACACCUAAUACAUUCGACAAGAACUACUACACUAACCUCCAAGAUCAAGAAGGACUGCUUUAAAGUGAUCAAGAGCUAUUUUCGACUAGUGGGGCUGACACCAUUGAAAUUGUUGACAGGUUUAGCAGCGAUCAAAUAACUUUCUUCGCCAGCUUUGUGGUUUCCAUGAUAAGAAUGGGAAACAUCAGUCCAUUAACAGGUACGGAAGGAGAGAUCAGACUGAGUUGCAGAAAGGUUAACGAGGACUACUCCACAAGCUCAAACAAAUGGAGCUCUAGUUAAGUUCUAUGUCAAGGAAGUUCACUGCUAAGACGAAAAACUACAAUAAUCAAUAUAUUGUAGCAAUAAUUGAAUGGCUGUUGUAGCCCACAUGAAGUAGCAAAAGGCACAUACUCCUUAUACGGGGGUGUGUAGCUCACUGUAAAUGAAGUGCUUGCUGCACUUAAAAAUCGGUUUUCAUCUAUGUAAAUGGUUUUCGUCUUCUCUUCAUUUUUCUGGUAGAAAACUCAAUUCAGAAAGAUUAAUCUUACGUUCUUACUAUAUCCUUAACACUUAUUUUGGUUUAAAUUUCAUGUUAAUAGA